AUGAUCUUAAGAAGCUUACGACUCACAGAUUCUGAGUUCUGGAAAGAGGAGCUGGGAAAACUAACUCAGAUGCUUCUUGGAAACGAAUAUCCAGAAAAAGCAAUACAGCGCAACAUACGGAUGGUGAUGGACAGAUGGAAAGAAGAAACUAUGAAAGAAAGGCAAGAUGAGCAGAAGAAAAAUUAUCCCUAUGUUUAUCCUCCUGUGAAUUGGCUUGGAAGCUACAGCCAAUACUAG